UCGAAUGUCAAAAUUAUCAAUACCGUGGCUUAUUUGUUUUGUUUAGAUUUUCUUGGAUUAUAAGAAAGUAGAGUAGUAAGAAGUAACUCGAUGAAAAAUUAAUCCAAAGUAAAAACAAAGUUCUUUAAUGUGUUGGCGAUCCAAGGCGUUCCAAUAGAAGUGCUAUUAAACAGAAUCUUCGUAUUCGCGAGCUUGGUACCGUUAGGUAUUCUUUAUUUAUGAAUGUGGGAAUUUUCAACAGAGUUAAUUUUAAGAGCAAGGACAGUGAGGGUAUGUAUUCAGAAUGGAGCUCACUGCCACUGGAAGGAGGUGGGCAAGGUGUGCUGGGUGCUGUCGGCGGCCGCGAUGUCGUGCUUGCUGUCGUCAAACAGCUAGCCAGCCAUCAGCCAAGUCCAUUGACUACUGACACUGAGGUUGAAUGGGUGCUAGAGGUUUUGCGUUAUGGUCUAUCUCUACCGUUAACUGAACAUGAAGCAUUACGCGCGUGUGUGUACGUGUGUCAUGCGUGGCUCGGCGCACUGCUGCCCCCUGCGCCGGCGUCGCAGCCCCCGCAGCCCGCCAUCCCGCCGCCCCUAGCUGCGGAUCCUAAACGAUACGCCUCUAAGAUACUCAGCCAUUUACAUAACCUCUUCAUUCCGAGAGCUGAUGACAGUGCAGAUUUGAUCAGCAAGCAGGCGGUGCUGUGCCAUCGCGUGCUGCGGCUGGCACGGUCGCUGGCGGACAGCGGGGCGCUGGGGCCGCGCGAGUGGCGCUCGCUGCUACUGCUCCUGCUGGCGGCCGCCGCUGCGCUGCUGGCGCCCCCCGCCCCCCACCACGGCGCGGAGCAGCUCUGCGAGCGAGUGCUGUGCGUGCUAUUUGAAGUCUGGAUACUGGCUUGUCAUAGAUGUUUCCCGUCGCCGGCGCUGUGGCGCACGCUGCGCGAGCAGUGCGUGCGCUGGCGGCACCGCGCGCCGCUGGCGGAGCAGUGGGCGCGCGCCUCGCUCUGCCUCACGGCGCGCUUGCUCGCGCACAUGUACGGGCCCAUGUUCCCCGCAAUGCCUAUCGGCGAGGAGGACGCGAACCUGGUGCCGGCGGAGAUGAGCGCGGAGGCGGUGAUGCAGACCUGGUACCGCGUCCUGCACACCAUCGGCAACCCGGUCGACCUCUGUCGCCCACAUCUUAUCAGUCAGACCCCAGAAUUUUUACAGGAGGUUAUAAUAAUAUCGACGGGGCGCGGUGCGGACUGGCGCGAGAGCUGUGGGGCGGGGGCGGGGGCGGGGUCAGGGGCGGCCCAGGGCGGCGCUGGGGCGGGGGAGGGCGAGGACGAGCUGACGCCCCCCGCGCACCGCCGCCUCGCCAAGUCCUUCAGCGUGGCGUCAAGGCCACGCGACAAGCUUGCUGAACGAAGCACUCCGCGCUCUUCACUGAUAGGAUUGACCGGCAGUCGACCACCUAGCGUUGCUCCUACAACGCCACCUAAUUCUAUCUCCUCACAAGUAGGCGAGACAGAGAAACCUCCAUUGACUCCGUUACGUCCAAAAGUAAACUCCAUCUUACAUUUGUUUGGCGAAUGGUUGUUUGAAGCGGCUCUUAUAGGAACUACAUCUAAUACCAACCAACCUAGAACCGAAGGCACUCCGCCGCCGCCGUCUCUGUCUGACGCCAGUCAUAGACUAAACAUGAUGAGCUACCAACCUGGUCGCGCGGUGGCUUUGGGCACAUUAUGCCGCGUGAUCUGCUCGAAGCAGUGCCGUGAGGAGGUGGUGGCGCCGUACUUAGCGCGUGCGUACGCGGCGCUGCAACGAGGCCUGCAAGACCCCGCCACCGCCGCCGCUAUCGUACUAGAUGCCGCGGAUAUAUUCAGAUUGGACUUAGAUGGUGUGCUGGUGUUAGUGCCAGAUUUCAUCACAGCUUUGGACCUUAUUCUGUCGGAGAGAGAGCCUAAAAUCGACUGCGGGUCGAUAGAUAAGCGCGAGUUGAGGAAAGCUGCUAUCAGCCUACUUCUGUCUCUUGUCGCGUUUCCGUACCAUUACAGAGGUCUGCCUGUGCCGGAGUUCCCUGGAUGUAAUGAGUACGCCGGUAUGACGAUUGGUGACUACGCAAGAGGUAAAUUAUCCCUCAUCUGCGUGUCCGCGGUACAAGUGGAGACGUCAGAGGCAUUAGCGGUGCCGUUGCUAAGCGCACUCUAUCUGUGCGUCCGCCAUAACGCUUACGUCACUACCGGCAAAGCGCACAGCGCGCCGCCCGGCUCCACCAUGUCGCACACCACAGAGUAUAAAGCGCACUCUGACGGCGGGCGCGGCGAGCACGCGCAGGACGACUACGCCGCCGACGUUAGGGAUCUUGACCCGUCGUCGCCUGUUUUCGGUGCGGCUUUAGUUGUACGUGCGACGUACCUGGUGUGCCACCGACUGAUAUCCUCGUGGAAGGGCGACCUUCAAGUCUCCCUCGCAGCUUUGGAACUGCUCUCAGGGCUCGCCAAACUACACUCUGUUAGACCUGAGGCGAUCGAACGCAAGCGUGCUGUGCGUUGGAUCUGCGACUACAUAGCGGUGCAGUGCGGGCGGCCCCCGCAGGCGCACUCGCGCGACCUGCACUCCUGCGUGGUGGCGGCCUACCACUGCUUGGCGGCGUGGCUCUGCCCCGCGCUGCUGGCCGAUGUAGACUGCCUCACCGCGCUAAUGGAGGUCGUCGAACUUGGCAUAUCCGGCUCCAAGAGCCAUGGUCAGUUAUACAAUUCAAACUCCGCGCUCACCGUACACGUGCUGUACGCGCGCGCCGCGCAGCGACACGCGCACGACAUCGUCGCCAACGCGCACCGCACUGACCUCGCACCCGCUUAUAUUAAUAUGCUGAGAGGUUUGGGGCGUGCCGUGAACGUACGUGGACACGCGGGGUGGGCGGGCCACGUGCGCAACAGCUACGACGCGCACGCGCCGCGCCCCGCCCCGCGCCACGCCCACAAACACACUGCCAACCCUCCCCCGGCCAUAUACGACGGCACACAACAGAUAUUGUACUGGUCGGACUCCACGGACGAGAUAGCGUUCAUAGUGCCGUCUGGUAACGAGAUCCUGGAGACUGAGGAGAAGGUGGCUCAGAGCGACAGCCUCAAGUCCUAUGUAGAUGGGCCUUGUGCAUCCACUUGCAGUAAGGGUGCGUGUGUGUCGGGGUGCGAGGGCGCGCCGGCGUACGUGCGUAGUGUUAGCGAGAGCGAGCGCGGGCCGGGGCCGCCGGGGGGGCAGGCGGAGCGCGGGGAGCGGCGCGCCGCGCUGGCGGACAGCGCACGCGCCCUCUCGCUGGAACUGGACAAGCAACCCAGCGCUGGCGUCACUGGAAGUGGACGAAGAAAUAGAGACUUCACCGCGAAGAUUCUCAUCGUUUGGUUAGAGGAUUUUGAAGACCAUCUAAAUCUACCCGUCGAUGACUUGCUGCGGUACUGCGAGACGGGCGUGCCGUGGCGGCGGCAGGAGGCGAGCGUGGUGUGUGUGAGCGCGGUGCGCGGCGGGCUGGUGCGUGUGCGCGUGCCGGGGGGCGCGGGCGCGGGCGCGGCGGGGGCGGCCGGCGUGCUGGCGGAGGGCGCGCUGGUGGCGCCGCGCGCGCUGCCCGACUGUCUGCGCCGCGCCGCGACACAUCUCGCCCGCCGCACUCGCCUGCAAGCUGAACUGUACCAACCGCCGCACGUUCGUCGGCGUCACAUGAUCCAAGAAAUCGCACAGCAAUAUCGCCGCGACCUCUCCGAGCCGGAGUUACUCGAGUCACUGUUCCGACCGCCCAACUAACAUCAACAUAUAUGUACAAUCAGGGAAUCUGUCGAUGUUACACCUCAAAUACAAUAAUUACACGGCUAGUUUCUUUUUGUUAUUAUCUAGUCGUUUGCGCAAUUUACUUCUACAUAUUUGGAUCUGAAGCGGCAUUUGUCUCUUGCAAGGAAUUAAGCAUUGUUGUAAAUGGAGUACGGCGAAAUUCCGUGACUGUACCGAUUCCAUCAUUUCUCAGAAAAAAAUUGGUUUCGACUUGAAUUUUAUGACACUUGUUUAGCUCUAACUAUUGAGGAAAUAAUUUAGUCGCCCAGUUUUCGAAUGUAACUAAAAUAUUAUAUUUUAAUAUUAAUUUGUUUAGUGUUUUUUAAUCAGCUUAGUUAUUAUAAUGUUCGUAAG